UGCUGCACGGCCCAGCUGCUCUAUGGAUAAGCUCUUUUCUGCCAAAGAGACCGGGUUAAGCUGAUUCAGGAUACAGCACAAUGACAGAGGGCCGCUGUGACAGCGUGGCGUCUACAGACUCCAUGGACCAGCACGAAGACGACAUGAGUUCUUUACUCAGGACUGUCGCUGAGCUCAACGUGAAAAUGAACGCGCUCCAGUCACAACAAGACCCAGCUCAGUGUAAUCCAAUGGGGAAAAUCAGCAAUGCCAUUCCAGAGCUGGACUCCAGUACAUUUUCACACAGCGGCCCAUCUCGGGACGCAGGCGAAAAAACAUCCAUGUCUUCAGUUACUGUAAAAGGCUGUCGUGAAAGUGAAGGGGGCAGUGGUGGUCUCUGGGCAGAGCUCCAGGGAGUUUUGUCCACUUUGGAGAGCUCCAUAAACAGGACAAAGGUUACGGUUACCAGCCAGCAUCUCAACGAUGAACAAAAACAAGCAGAACACCUGAGUGCAGCCCAGGAGAGCUGGGUCCAGGCCACACAAGUCUUGGAGGAGAUGGAGAGGGAAUUUGGGAUCUCUUACCCGUCUGCCCUGCCCUCUGUCGAAAGACAAAAGUAUCAGCAAGAUAUUCUCACGAUGCACAAACUCAACCAGAACCUCCGGAGUGCCCUUCAGAGCCGCCAGGAGGAACUGAACAGGUCAGAGGCUGCGGUUCGAGAACUGGACGAGGAAAAGAGAAGCUUGAAAGAAAAAUUCCUCGGCCUGAAAAGAGCUUGGUUGACAGGUGGGAGCAGUUCCCCUCCCUGCAGCUCCUCUGGAUCAUCCAGCAGAGCACUGAGUCCCUGCUGGACUGGACCACCACGUGCUGGAUCUCCCAUGACUGAUGCCUCUCUCCCUGGCACCCAGCAUAGCCCUGAUUCCCUCAGCAGCCCCACACUGGAGACAGAGGUUGAAGGCCUGCAGAGGUUGCUAGAGAGGCUGAAAGUGCGUAAUGAGCGUCUGAAUGCAGCACUGAAGAGGAGGAAGGGUGAAGCAGAACAGAUCAGCAUGACUCUCAGCCAGCACGAAGCCGACAGCACCGCGCUUCAAAUGGCUUUGAAAUACUGUGAAGAGUGUGAGGAUGCCUACAGUAGUUUACUGUCGCUGUAUGAGGCCGGGAAACGAAAACAACAAACCACAGCUGUGACAGAGCCAUCUCUCCGUCCCUCUGGCGUGGAUUCGGAGCAAAAAACGUCAUCUUCCACCUCCAGUCCUCCAGAGGGCGCUGUCCAAACCAAACAAAACAGCAGCCUGUCGUCAGAGGAGUGUGAAAGUCAGGCGGAAGCUAUUCGGCAAAGGAUUGUGAAGCUGAAGCAGGACAGAGCAGCUGUUUGUGUUCCAGAGCCAGGGAAGGUUGGAGAGGGCAAGCUAAGCCCAGACACAGGCACUCUUGCUGGGCCAAGGGCUACCAGCAGUGCCUCCUCCCAGAGCACAAAGGCAGAGAAAGCAGCGCUUCUGUAUGAGCUGGUCAAAGUCAGAGAAGAGAUGUGGGAACUCCGGAACGUGAUUGGUCUGAUGGAGAAGGAGAGGCGGAGCCUGGAGUGGACCCUGCAGACUCAAAACAUUCAGGAUGCAGCAGCCGCAUUGCUAUUGGAUAGCCUUAAAGAGGAACUGCAAGACUGGGCUGAACAAAAGAAGAGGGCUGAGAACCGGGCCCAGGUGAGGAGUGGAGGGGGUAUACCUGGGCCUCGCAGUCAUGCCAUCCUGAGGGAGUUACAGGCAGUGCUGCAAAGAGAGCAGAUGUUGAAGAGACGAGCGAUGUCAUUGCGGGGUUCUCUGGACUCUGCCCUGGCAGACUGCUCCGCUCAGAGGAGGCACAGCAGGGAGGAAGUCACUCGACUGGCGCUGUGCCACAGCAAAGCUACAAGCACAUACAGGAGCGCUCGCAGGAAGCACCAUGAACAACUGUGGCAGCUUGAGCAGCAAAUGGCAGCCAUGUCACAACGUCACGUGACCCAGGAGGCGGAGCUGAAGGCUGCCCUGGAAGUUCUGGAGGGCAAGAGGGAGGAGACUGUACUCUGAGGACAGGACCUGAUCAUAUACUGACCAAAACCAAACGCUUCAGAGAGCAGUGGACAUUUGAAACAAUACAAAUAAAUUGUGCCCAUUGUGCCUAAAUACUUGAUGAUAAAAUGGAUUUUUUCAACAGAGAAAGACUUUUUAAGAUCUGAUUUCAAAGUGUCUUAGAUUGCAUUGAAACCCAUUUUGCCCAUCACAAAAUGUUGCAAUUCUUCUAUUUGUAUUAAUGUUCAUUGUCAGUGAAAUGCCUUUCUGUAGGAUUGGGUAUCCCACAGAAAAUCUUGUUGGUGUUCCUUUAAGACUGUUUUAAUAAGAAACAUCAUAAGUAUCACUCUUCUUUCUAACCGGACGACUGAAAACACAAAUGGUAUUUACAAAAAGUUGUGUAUCACUUAUUUGAAAAGGGCACUGGUUCGUUUUCUCAGUCCAAACAAUGGAAAAAUGGAGGGGACAUGUGUGUA